AUGACGGUCACAUACGAGCAACCCUCUCGGGGCAUUACGCCUACCUCAAUGGCGACCCUCUCAGAUCGAUUCGAAUUGAUGAAAGAAAUUGGCGAUGGAAGCUUUGGUAGCGUUGCGGUAGCACGUGUACGGACCGCCGGUUCCAACAUUGCUCGACGGGGGACAAUGGUUGCAAUCAAAACAAUGAAGAAGACAUUCGAUUCAUUGGCGCCAUGUCUAGAGCUACGGGAGGUGAUCUUCCUACGCUCUCUCCCCCCUCAUCCUCACCUUGUCCCAGCCCUUGACAUCUUUCUCGACCCGCUCUCUCGCAAGCUACACAUCGCCAUGGAGUACAUGGAUGGCAAUCUGUAUCAAUUGAUGAAGGCGCGGGACCACAAGUUCCUGGACCAGAAGCAUGUCAAGAGCAUCCUCUACCAGAUUCUGUCCGGCCUUGACCACAUCCACGCCCACCACUUCUUCCACCGCGACAUCAAGCCUGAGAACAUCUUGGUGUCCACCUCCGCCCCCAACGACUCCACCUUCAGCCGCUACUCUAAUCUCGUCACUCCUCCUUCUACUCCCCCGACUUACACAGUAAAGAUUGCCGACUUUGGUCUUGCACGUGAAACUCACUCAAAACUACCAUAUACAACAUACGUUUCCACCAGAUGGUACCGUGCCCCAGAGGUUCUCCUGCGUGCAGGCGAAUAUUCUGCGCCCGUUGAUAUGUGGGCCGUUGGUGCUAUGGCCGUCGAGAUUGCUACUCUAAAGCCGCUCUUCCCCGGUGGGAAUGAAGUCGAUCAAGUCUGGCGCGUCUGUGAGAUCAUGGGCAGCCCAGGUAACUGGUACAGCAAGACCGGAUCUAAGCUCGGUGGUGGUGAAUGGAGAGAUGGCUCUCGACUAGCACAGAAGCUGGGUUUCACAUUCCCCAAGAUGGCGCCUCAUGCGAUGGAAAGCAUUUUGCCCGCCCCGCAGUGGCCAGCAGCUCUCAGCAACUUCGUGACUUGGUGUCUUAUGUGGGAUCCGAAGAAUCGACCUACCUCUACGCAGGCGAUGAACCAUGAAUACUUUGCCGAUGCAGUUGACCCCUUGAGGCCAAGAUCUUCUACUGCCCGACUCCUCGGUCGCAAGCAGUCCGAGAAGAGCGUCAAAUCCCCCACCAAGGAAACACACGAUUCGCCCACUCUUUCGACCAAACCAUCAUGGUUUAGAAGGUCAUUGAUUGGGAAAUCCGAGAGUCCUGCUCCUACAUUUGAACCAGAGCAGCCAUCAAAGCCAACCCUAAUUUCGUUCGACACGACCGCAGACUCACAAAAUCUGAAACCCAAACUCUCGACAACAAAACGUGCUACUUGGGCUCAUGGAGCUCCGAUGCCAAUUCUCCCCUCAAUACGCCCUGUGUCGCCGCUGUCUAACGCAGUGACUGCUCAAGCCAACCCCCCCGCUCACGGGGACUCAAAUAGCAAUGGAGCCAAGUCAAGCAAGAAGAUCGGUCGCCAGCUUUCGGUUAACUCCCACGGUAACCACUACGGCGAUCUUCAUCGACAAGAAGCGGAGAGGGCACUCAACGGCCUUGGAAACAACAGCACCAGCACUAUAAGCCAAAAGGAAAGUUUCUUUUCUCAUCUUCGGAAACGUGCACGCAGGCUUUCUGGCCGCAACCAGAACGUUAUGAAUGAUGACAUCGAGGCGAACGCUGGCUGCAUGCCGUGGUCGAACCGCUCAUCACUGGCCUUGGAUGCCACCAAUGUUGGUGAUCCGAAGCAGAACUCCGAUAUGUCAGAGUUAGACAAGGCUCUCCAGAGCGUGAAGUACUCGAUGGACUCUACAGCUAUUGGCAACGUCCCUGUGAACAUCACUUCUCCCGCCGAUUCUACGAAACGGCAAUCAAUGCCACAGGGAUCGGUUCGUUCACUGGGAGACAGUCCGGCUUCAACUAGUGGUAAUGGUGGGCCAAUAUCGAGCCGCACCCGUCGUGCGAUGCAAAUGUCCAACCACCCCGUCCACCGCUAUGAGACGCCUGAAGAAGAGGAUGAGCUCUUGGACGAGGUCCUCCACUCGGCAAGCAGGGCUGCUAGACGUCUUGCACAGUCAGACACGUCGUCAAAUUACAGCCGCCCCUUGGCCAACGAGAACUCCAACCCCUUGCCUAGUCCUUACCCCACUCCUUCACCGUCAGCGAAGUGUGAUGGCGUGUCUUUCGGUAACGUGGACAGUUCGCCGGACAGACGCCUACCACUUUCAGACGGGAAAUCCGAUCCUUCCAGCGCCACCCGUCAGUGGCCUACACCGCCAUACGACGAUGGUGACUGGAUGAACCCAGCCUCGACGAAAUUCCUGACAGGCUCUACUUACAGAUAG